GAGAACGCUAUGUUGCCGUGGCAAUACUGAAUGGAAUCUUAAGCUCCAUCACAUUGUAUGAGAAGCCAACCACACCUCGGUCCUCACCAUCUCCCAGAAUGCACCGGAUAUUGUCCAUCGAAUCCGAAUGUUUACAUCCCAUGCUAGCCCAAAUGAAGUAUGCAAAAUCUGCCAUCGGAACAGCAGAAAUCAAUGGCAAACUCAUUGCACUGGGUGGUUACGAUCGUGGAGAAUGUAGAAAAACAGUUGAGAUUUAUGAUCCUGUGACCAAUCAGUGGGCCUCUUUAGCGCCGAUGACAUUACCACGGGGACGGUUUGAAGUAGGCGUUAUUCAUGGUAAGGUGUACGCUGUUGGCGGUUCCAAUGGUCAUGUAGAAUUGAAGCAAUGCGAAGUGUUUGACAUCGAUACAAAUAAGUGGACUCGUAUUGCAAAUAUACAGUCGGAAAGACACAGCUCAGGUGCUACGGUGUUGAAUGACAAGCUGUACGUUGUUGGUGGAACUAAUGGUGGUAAAGGACUAAGAACGUGCGAAGUGUACGAUCCUCAUACCAAUGCGUGGUCAUCCGUGGCACCCUUAGUCGAGGGCCGAUCGCAGGUUGCCGUGAUCGCUCUGCAAGGGAGGAUCUAUGCUGUCGGUGGGUCGGACUCGUGGUUGUGCCUCAAUUCCGUGGAAAUGUAUUGUCCAGAUGAUGAUGAAUGGCAAAUCAUAACUCACAUGAAAUCAAAUAGACGAGGAGCUGGUGUGUGUCAAUAUGAAGGAAAACUGUAUGUUAUGGGUGGCAGUGAUGGGUCGAAUGUGCUGAACACGGUAGAAUGUUAUGACCCUGAGAGUGACGAGUGGAGCACUUUAGCAAGCAUGGAGACACCUCGUGUCAACGUUGGCAUCGCUGUUGUCGCUGGAAAAUUCUACACGGUUGGCGGUUUUGAUGGAAAGAACUUUCUAAACACUGUUGAAUGCUACGACCCAGAAGUCAAUCAAUGGACAACGCACGCGACUCACAUCUUCCGUAAUCGAACACGCUACUCAACGCCAUCACCUCCGAGCUCUCCUGUAAAUGAGCUGAAUUUGUCCAUGUGAGAGUCAAACCAGCGGUCAUGGUAUUCGUGAAAGUGACAAAUAGAUAUAUAAGCGCAGACUGGUGUGAUUUAAUAACAGCAAAUAUAUGUAACACAAACUUGGCAUAUAUAUUACAUAGGUGAAUGAAAUGCAGUUUUCGUAGUUUAGAUAAGGAAUUUAUUUUAGGUUGAUGAUUGGCGAGAAGAUUUGUUAAUCAAUUUGUAGGAUUUGCCUUUGUAAUACCAGAUACUUGGUAGACUUCAUUGUUUAUAGUUGAUAUUUCAUGUUUCCUUGAUUGUUCUAGGAUUUCUCCCAUUGUUUAAAUUCACGUUUAUUGUCAGUUUUGUUGUUGGAAUGGAAUUGUGGAAUCGGUUUUCAGAUCUGUCGUAAACAUUGAUAUAUUAAGUAGAACAUAUCUAUUUCAUCGUUGAUGAAACUGCUUGUUUGGGAAUUUUUAAUUAUUUUUUGGUCAGUAGGAAAAUGUUAAUGUUUGAGUAUGGGUUAUUGCAAUAGGAACUAUAUUAUGGUUAUAAAAUAUACACUUGCAGAUCUUGGCUAGCAGUAAUCACUUGACGUUGUUGGUAUAACACAAAAAUCAUACACAGUGCGUUAAGUCUUUGAUUAGCUUAUACAAAAAUUUGUAUAAAAAAAUAUUCAUGUCGCAUUAAUAAUUUAAUGUCAUUGUUGGUGUUUUAAGGAAAAAGAUCAAUUUCGUAGUCAUGUUUUUUUACACAUGAUUGAUAUAGAAGAACUCUAUAGAUUUUUGAAAUAGUAACAAGCAUGGAUAAUACAGAGGUAUUUUGAACUACUCCCAUAUAUUUUUCAUAAUUUGUAGAUUUAAGUUUCAAAGAAGAUCAGCUGCAGAUUUUAUGCCUUGAUAGAAAACAAUCAAUUAAAUUUUGACAAUUUCUAAAUCAAUUGAAAAUAAAACUCUGAUUUAGUUAAAUGGAAUAAUUCCUCAUGUUGAUUUUUUUGCUCUGGACUUUACUGUCUUUCCAUUUGAGAUUAUAGAAUAUAUUUACUGAGCUUAGAAGUAGAAUAAAAUAUUUUCCUGUGCUUUUGUUCUCCAGACAAAUGUCUUUCCAUCAAGAAUAAGUUUUUAAAAUCCCUUAAUUUAAAAAAAAAAGUAUUGAUACAUUCCUUUUAAGCCUUUAUAUUGGAGACCUUCACAUGUUGGUGCUAGGGGUAAAGGUCAACUAUGAAAUUAACCCCUUCAUAAAAAGUAAAUUGAAAAGGUUUUUACUGGAAGAAAUUUUUCAAAAUGUGUGUAGUAUUAUAUGCAGAAUCUUUGUAAUAGGUUGUUGUUGUGGAAAGUGUGUGUAAUUGUAUUUUAAGGGGAAAUCUAAAAAACAACUAUUUUUUGUAAGACAGUUCAUUAAAGUUGUAUAUUAAUUAUGUAUAUCGUGUACAUUUGUUAUAAGAAAAAAUUAGCGCUGUUAAAAUGAAGUGCCCACUAAUAUGACAUACAUGUACACAUGGAAGGAGUCAUAUGAAGAAUUAUGCAAGUUUAAACCAACUCCCACGAUAAAAAUAAGAAAGCAGACCAAAACAAAAUAUAGUUCUUGGUGGGUGUGGCUCUCUUUUUUUUCUUUUGAAAUACCUAGAAGAAUAUAUGGGGUGGUGGAUGCAGGGGGUGCAUUGUAUUAAGGAAAAUAAUUCUUGUAUUGUUAAUAUGAACAUAGGCCUAGUACUGGUAAGAUUUUUAAUGAAGGUAUGAAACUGAGAGUGCAUUUUUCGGGCACCUAGAAGUCUAUAUUCUGAAAAUGUUCUCACCUUGGGCCCAACCAUGGUGGGGAUGAGGUGGUCUCGACUCUCAUGCACCCUCUACUGCCAAAUCCUGCAUCAACUCUGGAAUAUCAAACAUCGUAAUUAGCUAUCUGUGUGCCUAUGCCUGUGCAUUACGGGUUUGGCAAUCUUCAGUAAGAAGAAUAAAGGAGCCACAGUUUCCUCUCAGAUGAGAAACGGAUUUGUAUUUGUGUUUGGAAGGUAAACCAUCGAAAGAGACAGUUUUUUGUAUUAAAGAUUAAAGUAAACGGUAGAGGUGGUCACAAACUGUUCCAUCAAUGCCACCAGAAUCGCAGUUUGUGAAAGCAUAAAGCAACCCUUUCAUAACUGUCAGCCUUCAUAAGAUGUGUAGUUGUCUGCAGGCAGAUAUGACAGAAAAAAUAAAGAAAGAUGUAAUAUAGGUUUAUUCUUGCAUGCCUGAGAUGAGUCUGGGAAAGUAUGCACUUAAUUGAGGGUUUUUUUGUUUGUUUUUUUAUUUGUACAGUAUUAUGAUUUGUAACUUACUGGUUGCCAUGUUUUUCAUUUACACUGGUUUGUUUUGAUGUGAAUGCAUUUAUGUUUGUUGCUUUUUUAUUAAUUUUUUUUUUGUACAGAGUGUAAUUUUUUUGAUUGAAAUUAAUAAUCAGAAAUGUCAAGAAGAAUUUGUUAGGUGCUUGUUGAAUUUCUUGUGCAUUUCAAUUACAGUACAUUUAUCAACAGUCCGAAAACCCUAUCCUUUACAACUUCUGAAUUUUAAAAAAAAAUUUUUAAUAAAUAUAUUUGAUUUUGAUUUUGACUUGUUUGCAUGUUGCAUUAUUAAAAGAUUGAUGCAAUUUUUAAUUGGUUUUUGUUCUUUGAGCAAAUAAGGUGAUCAAAAGAUUUGAAAACCUCUCAGACAUGGUUCAUCUGUUGCUUGUCUUCAACUGAUCUUUAAACCUGUGGUAGUAUACGUUACUCAAAGACUGAAUGAAUUCAGAAAGUGUAAUUCCAGGCUGUUAGGAA